AUGUCAGCCUAUGGAGUGAUUGUAAAGGAGCAUUGCGCUAUUCAACUGCACUCCACCGCUUGGAAAGUCAGGAGCAAGGAUGUUGACGCAGAGUCACGAGCCAUCGUUAUGUUCCACUUGACACUUUCCAACGCACCUUCCGAGCUAGUGGCAUACAUGCACGAGGAUUUUGCAGAUGAGCUCGAGCGUGGCGAUAAGUAUCCCCAGGAGCCAGAAACUGGAGCACGACUUGGCCGUGAAGCGUUUGAGGCGUACUUCUUUGCUGCGGACGUUCUAGUCGGCAUACACACAAAUAUUUUGAAAGAGGGAUAUGGUGUAGAGGUGCAGGAAGCUAUCACACCUGAAGUUCUGAAGGGAAGCAGGACAUGGAAGGACUGUGUUGCUGGAUUCUACUAUGUAAAACCAAACUAUCCUGGUCGAUCCUCACAUAUCUGUAAUGCGGGUUUCGUCGUUCCAUUCUCUUCUCGCGGGCAGGGAUUUGCGAGCGUUCUCGCUCGCUCGUACUUACACUACGCGCCGCGUCUCGGAUACCAAGCGAGCGUUUUCAAUCUCGUUUAUGUAAAUAACUCCGCAAACAUUCAUUUAAAGGAGAAUUUGGGAUUCGAGAAGGCUGGCCGUAUCCCUCAUGCAGGAAGGUUGAAACGCAAAGAUGAACAAGGCGAAGAAUAUGUGGAUGCUUGGGUGUUCUACAAGAGCUUCGAUACCGACGUUAGAAACUAG